AUGCUGGUGGUGGAACACAUGGUGCACAUGGUGCACAAGGAAGGCAUGGUGGUGGGCAUGGUGGCAAGCAAGGAAGGCAUGGUGGUGGGCAUGGUGGCAAGCAAGGAAGGCAUGGUGGUGGACAUGGUGGCAAGCAAGGAAGGCAUGGUGGUGGACAUGGUGGCAAGCAAGGAAGGCAUGGUGGUGGGCAUGGUGGUGGGCAUGGGAGGAAGCAUGGGGGUGGGCAUGGUGGUGGGCAUGGAAGGAAGCAUGGGGGUGGGCAUGGUGGUGGACAUGGUGGCAAGCAAGGAAGGCAUGGUGGUGGACAUGGUGGCAAGCAAGGAAGGCAUGGUGGUGGACAUGGUGGCAAGCAAGGAAGGCAUGGUGGUGGGCAUGGUGGUGGGCAUGGGAGGAAGCAUGGGGGUGGGCAUGGUGGUGGGCAUGGAAGGAAGCAUGGGGGUGGGCAUGGUGGUGGACAUGGUGGCAAGCAAGGAAGGCAUGGUGGGGGACAUGGUGGCAAGCAAGGAAGACACGGUGGUGGACAUGGUGGCAAGCAAGGAAGACAUGGUGGUGGACAUGGUGGUGGUAAACAAAGGUCUAGGCAAGGAUAUGGAAAUCCGCCGCAUGUGCCACAAGGAACUGCUUCAACCUAGAUAA